CUAACAGCUCACAGUCUGCUGAGCGGUGACUCAGGCCGGCAUGUUGGGUGUUGCUGGAGGUUUCCUGACCUCUUGCUGUGGACAGAAGCAGGAGGAUGAAGAAGGGGACUGGGUGAACAAAGUGUAACGGAGAUCCUGAGCAGUCAUGAGUGUCAGACAUGUUACCUGGAGACCAUUUACCUGUGGACGAGAAGGAAGACGAGAGCAACCAGACUAAAGGUGGUGCGUCUUUUAAAUCGCCACAGGAAAUCCCUUCAGCACGUGACCCUGUUAGCAGAGGAAAUGCCAUCCCCACUGAGCUCAUCAGCACCCAGCCUCUGCCUGCCUCACAGGAGGCAGCAGGGCUGAAGAGGCCUCAGUGUGACCCCCAGAAGCCUACAUGCCCACGAUGUGACCUCACGGUCCCAGACCCUCUUCCCGCUCUUCCCCCCGGCCUGAGCCGAGUGCAGGGCUCCAGCUUGUUGGUGCACAGCAGCAGCAGCAGCAGCAGCGGCGGCAGGAGGAGGAACAGGAGCAGGGACAGUGUGGCCAGCUCACAUCAACCUGCAGCUACACUAAGUGACACCUGUUUUAACCUGCUGCUGGCGUGCCUGUCGUGCGAGCUUUCCCUGCUGUCCCUGGGUCUGCUGGAGGCCUGCUACUCCUGUCUCCACCCCAUCUGCUCCUGCUGCUGCCACGCCUGCGCCCGCUGCUGCUCGGCCGUUCAGGAGGCGCCCGUGGAGGAAUUCAACUGCCACGCCCACUGCCACUCGGUCCUGUUCGAGUCCUGCUGCGAGCCAAUCGACUUUCUCGAGUUUUGUCUGGAGUGCUGCGAGAUCUGCCACCACAGUUAGGAAGCAGCUGGACCGCCUUGCCCGUGGAUUCAUUUUCAAGACACGUGUGGAGAUGAUGAUGAUGUUGCUUGUGUGAAGGUGUGAACAACACAAGCUACCAUUCUAUGUGAUCACCAAGGUUUUUACUCAUUAUUUUUACACCAUUUGCUGCUAAAAUAAUAAUAACUCCAACUCACAUGAUUAAGUGGAGAUUUGACUUCAAGGCUUCUCACUCUUCUUCAGUGAGGGCAAUAUUGCUUAUGUGCCAGAUGAAGCGCUAAAUCUUGCUAUUGCUACAUAGCCAGCAUUAGCAUUAGCAGCUGUUUACUUAUCAGUCUUGCCAAGAGCUUCAGUCAUUGCUGCUUUUACAAGACAACAGGUUAUAAUGUCCUCUGAGCAGUGCUAAUUAUUCAGGGCAGACUGGAUACUGUGACUCGGUAUCAGAAAAUGACGAGGCUGGCCUGCCAAACUGGAGCUAGCCGGUUAGCAUAUAAACUUCAGUAUAAGAAAAGAAGUAAUCGAAACGAGAAACAAAACCAGAGGGUUGCUUUCCAACACUGGAGACUCUUGGUGAGUAACGGAAUGAAGUCUGAUGCUGAACUCACGUUUCUUCUAGAGUGGUAAGUAAACAGCUGUUAAUGCUAAUGUUAGCUAUGUAGCAAUAGCAAAACUUACAAAUAGCUCCUUUAAGAGGAAUUUGACAUUUAUGGAAAUAUUUCUUUUCACUUUCUUCCUGAGACUUAGAUGAGACGAUUGAUACCUGGGACUAGAGCCAUGAGGUCAUUGGCUUAUCUUAGCAUAAAUACUAGCAGCAGGGGAACAGUAGGGUGACUCAGAGUCUGUUUACAGGUCCUGGGGAGUAUUAGCGCACAUGUGAAAAAAGUUGUAUAAAGCUUUUGUGACUCCAGAGAGCUGCAGUGUCUGAUAUCGUCCCUGUUUCAGUGGUAGCAGCUCGAGGUUACAUUAGCUGCUAAUAGCAUAACACAUCCGGACCCACAAUGAGCGGUCGUGGUCAAAUUGCAUUGUUGAUAAUGUAGGCGCUUUGUAGGCAUUUUAACAAGGAAGAGGAAUGUGUUAAAUAAAAAGCACACAACGUCUGA